AUGUGUCUGAAUAGCUUUCGUGCCAUUAAGUUGGCACUAGCUGGAGAGGACUACAAACGUCACAUGAACGACCGCGCGCCAACAUUUUUUGCUGAACGUUUUCUGUAUGGCAGCCAGUCCGUUGUGUUCUGGCAAGACGGAUUUAGUCCCGUCCAUGGGGAGAUGCGGAAAGUGAUCAACGGGUGUUUUCACUUUUACGGCGAAGAUGGGAGAGACAGAUUUGAGCGAAGAAUCGGGCUUGAACUACAAAGACUGGACCGUCAAUUACAGGCACUCGGUGACGGAGAAAUAGAGGUUGUCGAUCUUCUAAGACACUCCGUCGCCAACACCAUCUGCAUAGCUCUGACUGGAGAAGCGUUCAAGGAAGAUGAUCCUGGUAUUGAUAUGAUAUGGGACUUCAUUGAAGGAACUAACUUUUUUGUUCUUCCGGUGACAAAUUUCUUAAUGGCGUCUUUCCCGUUCCUUCGAUUCGUGCCAGGAGAACACAAAACAGUCUACGAUCGCCAGGAGGCUGCAAAGAGUCGAAUUAUACAGGACUUCUUUACAGAGCACAAGAAAGGACGGACGCCAGGCAAUCCACGAGGCAUUGUAGACCAACUGCUUGAUUCCCAAGAGGUUGAUAUAAAUCAAGGGAAAUCGCCACUUUUUACAGAUGAGCGGAUACAUUCAGCCAUCUUAGAAACAUUCAACGCAGUUUCAAGGGAAUGCAACAAGGAUCUAGAAUUUGAGGGCUACGAUGUUCCGAAAAAGACAACAGUUAUGGCAAAUGUCUGGUUUGUGCACCACGACGAGGAUAUUUGGGGAGAUCCCUGGAAGUUUAGGCCAGAACGUUUCCUUGACCAGGAUGGACAGAUUCUACCAAGGCACCACCCAUUAAGAAUUAAUUGGAUACCAUUUGGUUACGCACGGCGCUCAUGUCUUGGUGAACCUUUCGCACGUGCGCGUUAUUUUCUGUACAUGGCACAUUUGCUUAGACGCUGGGAAUUUAUUCCCGUUCCUGGGAAAAUGGGUUCAUGUGACCCAAGGAAACUUAAGGAUUUUGACAACAAAAUUACAAUUCGACCACAGCCUUUCUAUUGUAAAGUCAGACGUUUAAACCAAAUUUAA